UUGUUGAGAAUUGAGAUAGCUUUGAACACAUAAGAAUGGCGUUGAAGAUCAAUAUCUUGUCAAAUGAAUUUGUGAGGCCAUCCUCUCCUACAAAUGACGUCUUCAAAAAAUAUCAAAUCUCCUCGUUGGAUCAAAACAUUCCCCCUUUAUCCAUCCCCAUAAUUCUCUAUUAUUCCCAUGACGAAUCAAGUCCUACCACCCAACAUGACAUGUCUUCUCGCCUGAGAGAAUCUCUCUCCGAUACCUUGACCUUGUUCUACCCUUUGGCUGGGCGACUUAACAAAGGUGAAAACUCGGUAGAUUGCAACGACAUGGGGGUUCGAUAUAUCGAGGCGAAAGUGGAUUCCUUGAUCAUGGACGUGAUCGGGUGCGAUGAAACAAUAGUUAUUGAUCAACUUAUUCCUCCAAUGAACAAGAUCCCAUCAGAAGUUGAUGAGGAAGAGUUGUUCGUAAUCCAAGUUAACUACUUUAAUUGCGGAGGCAUAGCCAUCGGGGCUUACAUCCCACAUAAGAUUGCCGAUGGGUGCUCAUACUUCUCAUUCAUUACGUCGUGGGCUACCAUAUCUCGCGGAGAUAACAUUGUGGUGAAGCCGAGCUUCAUCUCAUCAUCACUCUUCCCGCCCAAGAAGAAUUGUGUGUACCAUAUUCCUCAAUUAGAUUUCGGGAAAGAGUGUCUUGUCACAAGGAGGAUUGUUUUUCAUGGUAGUCAAAUAAAAACAAUGCAAGCAAAGGCAAAAAUCGAUCAUCCGGAUAUGGAUGAGCCCACGCGAGUGGAAGUGGUCUCAGCUUUCAUAUGGAAGCAUGCUUCGGGGGAUAAGCCUGGGAAACAAUAUGUUGCAUCUCACAUGGUGAACCUAAGGACUCGAAUGGUUCCUCCAGUACCAGAGAACACGUUUGGGAAUCUCAUUGGGAUGGUAUAUACAAUUCCUAAAUAUGAAGACUCAGACUUAGCAAUCCUCGCUAGGAAUGUGAGGGAGGGAAUCAAGACAAUCAACGACGAGGCCAUACAAUCGUUUCGUGGGGAGGAGGGGUACGCGCUGAUGAUGAAACUUGUGGAGAAUAUGAGUGAACUAUUGAAAAGCAAGGAAGUUGAAUUAUUCAGAUUCAGCAGUUGGUGUAGGUUUAGGGUUUAUGAAGCCGAUUUCGGUAUGGGGAAGCCUAUUUGGGCGAGCAUAGCCAGUAUGAACAUUAAGAACUUUGCUUUAUUCAUCGAUUCUAAAAGCAAAGAUGGAAUAGAGGCGUGGGUUACCAUGACCGAGGAAGACAUGACUCGUUUUCAAUUGGCUUUUGCAGAGGCUAAUUCAAGUGAGUGA